UUUUUGUUGGGGUGAGAGGGGGGGGGGGUGUACAUCUCGGUAGUUGAGCCUCAUUCGCUGUCGGACAAUAAACACCGGCUUCACGUUGGAGUAAGAGGGAGAAGACGUUGAAGGAUGCUAAGGCGGCCCUGACUGGUGGCACCAACAUGAGUGUGACGUCAUGGUUUCUGGUCAGCAGCUCUGGCACGCGCCACCGGUUGCCACGGGAGAUGAUCUUUGUUGGCCGGGAUGACUGCGAGCUUAUGCUGCAGUCUCGCAGCGUGGACAAGCAGCACGCGGUGAUCAACUACGAGCAGCACACGGACGAGCACAUGGUGAAGGACCUGGGCAGCUUGAACGGGACGUUUGUGAACGACCUAAGAAUCCCCGACCAGACGUACAUCACCCUCAAGCUCUCCGACGUCAUUCGCUUCGGCUACGAUGCUCAUGUAUAUAUCCUGGAGAGAAGUCAACACAAGGUCCCUGAGGAAGCUCUGAAACAUGAGAAGUACACCAGCCAGUGGCAGCUCAGUAUUAAAGCCCUGCAGGCAAAGGUGAAGGAAAAGCAGCAGCUCCAAAGUGCCGAGAAGAGCAAAAACGGCCCCGUCGCCAAGCUGCUGCAGAAGGCCGAGCGAAAAGCCCAGUCGCUCACAGCUGCCACCGAUCCUCCGAUAUCCAAGCCCACUCCUCUCUACGGCCAACCCUCCUGGUGGGGGGAGGAUGAGGACGCAGCCAAGAAAAAGAAGAACCUAGGUGGGAAAUCGCCAGAAAAGGAGUCUCCAGAGCCCGCUAAGGACGCGUCCAGGUAUGAGGUCAACGGCUCGCUGUCCGUCAACGGCGGCCUGUCCGACAAUCAAGUCACGUCCCUCUACUCCUACCGCCGGGAGCCCAGCUACUUCGAGAUCCCCACCAAGGAAUCCCAGCAGCGGCCCGCCAGGAAACCCGAGUCCCAGGUCCACGAGGUCCCCACAAAGGACACCGCGCGUCCCGCCGAGGCCCCGUCUCCCACCCCUCCGGCGGUCCAAAGCCACGCCUCCUUCACCAUCGAGUUCGACGAGUGCACGCCAGGCAAAAUGAAGAUCAAGGACCACGUGACCAAGUUUUCCUUCCGCCAGCCGCCGAAGCCGCCUCCCGCGGAGCCCGUCGCCGCGCCCACCGAGGUGAUGUCGGCGGAGAGCAAAGUUGCCGAUUGGCUGGUCCACAGCGGCGCUAGCAUGACGAGGAAGAGGACGCAAGGUGAAGACGCGUAUAGCACAAACAGUGACCCGUCAGUCCUGAACAUCCCAAAAAAAAACCAGCACGAAGAUGGCACUCACAGCGAUUCGGAGGAUCCUGCCAUCAAUGGAAGGGGUUUCCUCCAAUCGGAACCCCGGUUCGGGUACCAGGUGACCCCCCAGCCCCUGAGAGCCUCCACCCCACCACCGCCGCCCCCACGCUCCGCCUCACCCGUCUCAGAGGAGCCGCUGUCCUACUCGCCGCUGGAACCCCAGUCCCUCCCCGGCCUGGCGAAGGCCGAGCCUCACCAGGCCUUCGUCAUCGAAUUCUUCGACGAGGACCUGCGAAAGAAGCGCUCGCAGUCUUUCACCGGCAACGCGUCCCCGCCGGAGCCUCCGGGCCCACGGCUCCAGCUGGAGAAAGCGAAGAAGGGCUCGGGCCCGACCGGGGAGGGGCGCCUCCCGCCGUCUGCGGGCUCCGGCGCCGCGCCGACCCAGCAGUACACGGUCCCCCUGAAGGGCCCCGCCCCCACGGGCUUCCAGAGAGCUGGCUCUCUGCGGCGGGAGAAGACGGAGGAGCGGGUCAGCACCGGCUUCUCCUCCCGCUCCUCCUCAUCGGCGUCCGCGAGACCCUUCAGCAGCGUGGGCCGCAGGUCCAAACUCGCGCAGGAGUUUACGGCCGAGUUUCUCAGACGGACGAAGCCGUCGCCCCCGGCAGGCGGCGAGAAAACCGCCCCGUCCAGCCCCCCUCCGUCCAGCGCGCCCCACCGGCCGCAGACCUCCUCUCCCAUCCACCGCCCCGUUCCCCUCAGGGCCCCCCUGAUGCCGGCGCCGUCUCCGGCCGACGAGGUCCAGGGCCCCCAUGCCAAGAAUGAAGAGGAGGACAGUCUGAGCGACGCGGGGACCUACACCAUUGAGGGCGAAGUUCAAGACAAAGAGCUGGAAGAGGCGCGCAGCCAGAUUGACCAGGUUCCUGCACCCGAUGCCGUGUUACAGGAGGCUCCUAAGUGGAUGUCUUGCUGGGCCAGCUUGGCAGACAGCUAUGCAGAAUCUGGCCCUUCAUCCGGCCUCUUUGACGUUUCUUCCCAGGCGGAGCUGUCCGAAGGGGCACGAGGCGCAAUCACCCGCCAGGCCGCGCUCAGCCGACACCACGACGUUCCGACGCCCAGCAUUCACGUCCACUGCGACCCGAAUUCAACGUUCGACGUGGGCGGCAGAAGCGCCGUAGCCCCCCCGUCUCCGGACAGCCUCCACAGGCUGUCGGUGCACGACGACGUGGAGCCGGACAGCCUGAGCGAUGCCAGCAAGUCGGACGACGGCUCCGUCGUGGAGCAAAAGAGGAGGCCGCUGUCGGGCCGAGAAGUGAAGAGAAACCCGGACCGACUCCCAGCCAAGUCGACGGCGUUCUACAUCGGGUCAGCGGGGGCCGAGCCACAACCUGACUUUGGGGGAUCAGACCUCAGCACUGCGAAGACCUUCUCAACCUCCACUUUGACCAAACCUGGAAAAGUCAAGCCCAGUGCGUCCGCUCCGGUCCUGAGCCCAGAGUCCAAAGAAGGCGCUUUGGCCGUGUUAAUCAGACAAGAGAGCUUCACCAAGGCGCGGCCCAGCAGCGCCGGACUGCCCCAAAUCUCCAGCCUGCAGGCCCAGCGCGGCCUGGACCCCGACGCGUUCCAGGGAGCUGCUAACCAGGACACGCAUUCUUACCUCAAGGAGACCGAGGACGUUCUGGCGGCCCUGGAGGCCAAACUCCAAGCGGGCCGAUCGGGAACGACGCCGCCCCCAAUGAUGGACUCUCUUUCCACGGAGUCGGAUGUGGACUCCUCCAGCACGGUCAGCCAACACAGCAGCAGGACCAGGCCCCCCGCGCUGCCCAAAAACCCCUCCGCCAGCGGCUUCCGCGGGGAGAGGUCGCCGGCCGGGGUCGCCGGCCAGGACCCGGGUCGCCGAUCCAGCGCGUCGGAGAAGCGGCGCUCCCCGGCAGAGGAGGGCGACAGCAAGGCGCGGCCUGUCGGGCGAGCGGCCGGGCCGAGGCGGAGCGUCGGGAGGCGCGGCUCCGCCGACCUGAGCGACGACCCGCCGAGCUUGCCGUGCUCCGACCAGGAGUCGAGCAGCCGCCAACCCCGCAGGAGGAGCGCGGCGCCCGUCCAGAAGGAGGACGCCAAGACCUCCAGGGCGGCGCAGGCCCUGCAUCGCGCCAGCAGCUUUUCGGCGCCGCGGCCCACCAGGGCGUCCACGCUCCGGCGCGCUCGCCUGGGAGAAGCCUCGGACGGCGAGGCCCCGGAGACGGAGAGGUCGUCGUCGCAGCAACCCCAGGAGACCAGGAAGCUCUCCAGGCUGGACUUGCUGGCGAUGCCUCGUAAGCGCACAAACUCCUUCAACACGCCCAGCGACACCGAGGCCUCCUCCUCUUCCGCCGCCGCCGGCAUCUCGGCCCGCAGGGGCUCCGUGUCGGGGCCGAAGCCCGGGGAAAGGCAGCAGAACGCCCCGCCGGGCAAGGCGGCGAUCACGCGUGGCCGCUCGAGCAGCGCCAAAUACGCCGGGAGCAGCUCAAGCCAAGGCUCCAGGAGACGACACAAAGGCUCUGACUAUACGUCUACCUCCGACGAGGAGUACGACUCAAACCAGAGCACCCCUAAACACAAGCGCUCCCAACCCUCCUCAGCUUCCCACAGCCCGCGGACCCCCGCGCGGCCCCAGCCGGUGGUCGCCCUGCGGCCGAAACCCCUCAGCAGACAUUCUGAGGACGAGAACCACGAGGCAGACGCUCCACACGGUUGGUCCAACCACAGCUCUGAGAUCGCACGGUUGAGCCAGGACCUGGCCAAAGACCUAGCUAUCUUGGCCAGGGAGAUCCACGACGUUGCGGGUGAUGGCGAUCCUCAGGGCCCCGGAGUGGAGAGCCGUGCGCCUCUCUCCACAGUGACCGCUCAUGAACAGCUGGUUCCUCACAUUCCCGAGGCCGGCUUGAAAUACCAGAGGGAACCUCCGGGAUCUUCAAGGAAACCCGAAGAAAGUGACCAGGAGCACACCAGCAGGCCGCGAGCUCAGAGCGGAGAUCAGGUCCUCGUGGACGGUCUGAUGCUGAGUUCAGUGUCGCAGAUCACCGCGACCAUCCGAGAAAACACGGAGCAACUUGCUGAUAAAAUGAAGGUUCUGUUCAGGGACCGGAUGGAUGUCUGGGAAGAAACCGAAGCAAAGGUUAACUCUGACGACGUUCCUGUCAGCGAUUCCUCCAGCAAGGAAAUCGCAUCAAUCCUGAAAGAGCUCGUGAAGGUUCAACGACGACUCGAGGUCUUUAACACCGUCAUGGCGCCCAGUUCGCAGCCCGACAGCUCCAGGGCCUCGUCCGGGGUCCGGCCCUCCAGACCCCCCCCCGCCUCACGGGACUGGAGAACCAUCCACUCGGUCUCCAAGCGCGGCGGCGGGCCGAGGCCCAGCGAGGCCGUCCGGAGGGCGGCCGUGACCCCCGCCGACCAGAGGGCGGGGUAUUUGGUCUGAGACGUGACACGGAGGCGGCGCUGAGUCGCUCUGUGGCGCAGGCACAGGUGUCAGACGCAAUGAAACUGAGCGUGGGGGGGGGGAGGGGGGGAGGAAAUGAAACUAAGCAGAUCGGUCGUCUACCGCACAUCCAAAACACGCACUACUGCACUAUGGGGGGGGGGGGGGGGGCUCUACUCGGUUCUCUGCGUUGGAGGUGGAGCUCUGUGCGUUUGCCAAUGAUACGAGCGGCAGUGGUGGUUUUGGGAGCUCAUUGCAUUUACUGUUUAUUUGAAAAGCAGCCCGGGAAUAAUCAUCUCAGGGAAAUCUAUUAAUUUAUACGGUGUCUAUGUUUUGGUAUGUUGAUUUGUUUUGGGUUGAAAGACCUUCUGUUUGUGUACUUGUAUACCUCGGUGAACCCAUUACUUUCUUUUUUUUUUGUUUCUAUGUUUUUGCCACUUUUCCUCUUUGUGGACAUUGUGGUUGAUUGCAGAAUGUAAAAUAUAUUUAUUGGGGGUCUUUUGUGAGACCCUGAAUCCGAGGCAACAUGACUUUGGGAGGGUCGGUAGACCAAUGAAUGCUGCGUUACACAGUCGCUAUCGACCCGUUUAGAGAGUAUUUAUCCUGCGAACAUUUCCCAUUGUGUCGCCUCUGUAUUUUGUCCAGCUGGAGAUGAAAACCCUCCCUGGAAUGUGCGAUCUGGCCGUUCUUAGGGACUCGGCUUAGUCACCUGGCAACCACAAAAACCCAAAGCGGCUGUAAAACAGGAGAUCUCAGGCUCCUCUACCUUCUGAAAAGUGGGUUCCUAUGUGUCAAAGCCUUGAAACCAUUUGGCCAAAGACGGCCGUGAACCAACUGAGCGGAACGAGUCGUCCUCGGAGCGCCGGGGUCACGUCCCUGGUGCCUCUGGAGUGACACCCGGUAGGCCCGGGGUCGACCUCGCGAGGCUGUAAAUCGUGACGUUCUGUUCUACGUAGAAAAUGACGUCUCGGUCUUGUCUUUUGCACUUUAUGUAGCACGGACUCGACUUGAUGAAAGUUUGUCCUCUUUCUGCAAACGAUUGUAAACGUUUGACGUUGAGCUUGCAGAACGAAGCGACCCAGUUCAGCGGCGGGUCGCCGUUUCCCCACUUUUCCUUUUCCAGAUCGUACAUUGAUUGUAAUUGUGACCGUUUGUGACGUUCCUCUAAGUGCCACAGAGCCGUGUGGGACCGUGGUUGUUUACAAACUCUAAAUCGAAUGUGUGUCCCAUUGACGCAUCUUUCCCAAGGUGUUGCUGCUAUUCUUCUGUGGGUUCGUAUCCCGACAGUCAAACCACCGCAGGUUCGAGAGCUGAAAUGUAAUUCUCUAGUUUGUCAAAUUUGUGGUGUAAUAACUGUUUUGUUUUUUUUUCAAAUAAAUUUGAUUAGUAAAGAUA